UCGCACGGGCCGUCGUCGCCGUCGCAGUCGCAUCUCCACGGUCAUGCGAAUCGGCGCGAUCUUUUCAAGCAGUCUGCCACGGCAGCAGCAGCAGCAAAAAGGCGGGGAGUCGUAGCAGCUAUAUCCAAGGACAGGCGGGGGGCGCUGUCACCUCAACAAGAGGAGGGGCGGGUGGACGAGUGGAAGGUCGAGUGGACGUGGAGGAGGCGGUUAAGACGCUCAUGUUUGAAGGGUGAGCGAUGGUUGAAGAUUGAGUGGCGGUUUGGGGCACCUUACACGGAGGAGGGGCGGGUGGACGUGGAGGAGGCGGUGGAGGAGGAGGGGCGAGUGGAGUGGAGGAGGCGGUUAAAACGCUCAAGGGCAUUCGAGUUCGAGUCACCUCUGAAAGAGGCGGGGCAGGUGGGCGAGGCGGGGCAGGUGGGCGAGGCGGGGCAGGUGGGCGAGGCGGGGCAGGUGGGCGAGGCGGGGCAGGUGGGCGAGGCGGGGCAGGUGGGCGAGGCGGGGCAGGUGGGCGAGGCGGGGCAGGUGGGCGAGGCGGGGCAGGUGGGCGAGGCGGGGCAGGUGGGCGAGGCGGGGCAGGUGGGCGAGGCGGGGCAGGUGGACGAGGCGGGGCAGGUGGGCGAGGCGGGGCAGGUGGGCGAGGCGGGGCAGGUGGGCGAGGCGGGGCAGGUGGGCGAGGCGGGGCAGGUGGGCGAGGCGGGGCAGGUGGGCGAGGCGGGGCAGGUGGGCGAGGCGGGGCAGGUGGGCGAGGCGGGGCAGGUGGGCGAGGCGGGGCAGGUGGGCGAGGCGGGGCAGGUGGGCGAGGCGGGGCAGGUGGGCGAGGCGGGGCAGGUGGGCGAGGCGGGGCAGGUGGGCGAGGCGGGGCAGGUGGGCGAGGCGGGGCAGGUGGGCGAGGCGGGGCAGGUGGGCGAGGCGGGGCAGGUGGGCGAGGCGGGGCAGGUGGGCGAGGCGGGGCAGGUGGGCGAGGCGGGGCAGGUGGGCGAGGCGGGGCAGGUGGACGAGGCGGGGCAGGUGGGCGAGGCGGGGCAGGUGGGCGAGGCGGGGCAGGUGGGCGAGGCGGGGCAGGUGGGCGAGGCGGGGCAGGUGGGCGAGGCGGGGCAGGUGGGCGAGGCGGGGCAGGUGGGCGAGGCGGGGCAGGUGGGCGAGGCGGGGCAGGUGGGCGAGGCGGGGCAGGUGGGCGAGGCGGGGCAGGUGGGCGAGGCGGGGCAGGUGGGCGAGGCGGGGCAGGUGGGCGAGGCAGGGCAGGUGGGCGAGGCGGGGCAGGUGGGCGAGGCGGGGCAGGUGGGCGAGGCGGGGCAGGUGGGCGAGGCGGGGCAGGUGGGCGAGGCGGGGCUUGCACCCACCCACUCCCAGCUGAGCAAGGGUGGAAAUGAGAAAGAGGGCCGGCCCACUGCCAGAGCGGGCGGGGCAGCAGUGCAGCAGGAGAGGGUGGAGGCGCUCAACACCGCCAGAGCGGGGGGAGCAGCCGUGCAGCAGGAGCGGGUGGCAGCGCUCAAGGCGCUGCGCCAGCUGCUCUCGGCCAAUCACAGCCCGCCACUUGGCGCUGCCGUGCGCUGUGGGGCUGUGCCUCUGCUGGCGGAGUGCCUGGCGUUUGGAGCCCCGGAGGCGCAGGUGAGGGGGUGGAACGGGGGGAGGGAAGCAGGUGUGGGGGAAAGCACAGGGGGGGGAAAGCACAGGGGGGGGAAAUGGGUUGGGGUGGGGAAUGGACUUUUGAGACGUCUCAAAAGAAGGGACAGGUGUGGUAGAAUGCCAUGCGCUGCUGGUGGGGCCGUCCCGCUGCUGGCGGGGCCGUCCAUAUGGUGGCGGGGUGCCUUGAGUUUUGAGUCGACUCAAAGCUCGACUUAUCAUGCGCAGGUGUGGAAGAAUGCCAUGCGCUGCGGGGCCGUCCCUCUGCUGGCGGGGUGCCUUGCUAAAGGAAGCAGCGUGGUGUGCGACCAACAUAGCAUUGGGGGAGGUGACUUGAGUGGACAUAGCAUUGGGGGAGGUGACCUGAGUGGACUUGAGUGGACUUUUGAUUCUCCCCAUCCAUCUCCCCCCACCUCCUCUCUCUCCCCUUCCCUUCCCCCGCUUCCCACCAGCUCCUGGAGGCGGUGUGCUCCUGGAGGCAGCGUGCUCCUGGAAGCAGCGUGGUGUGUGACCAACAUAGCAUCGGGCGAGGCAGAGGAGACUCGUGCUGUGCUGCCCUGUGCUGCUCUGCUCAUCGCCCACUGCACUGCUAACAGUGUUUUUCAACCUGCCCCCUGUUUCUUACAAAGUAUAUCCUGCCUCCCCAUCGCCAGCCAUAGCGGAGCAGUGUGCGUGGGCGGUGGGCAACAUAGCAACAGAGACGACCUUUGUCUCGAAUGGGCCUUUUGCAUUCUCUCUAUGCGUGCUCCUCUUCCUCAACUCUCUCUUCCUUUUGCAUUCUCUCUAUGCGUGCUCCUCCUCCUCCUCAACUCUCUCUUCCUUUUGCAUUCUCUCUAUGCGUGCUCCUCCUCCUCCUCAACUCUCUCUUCCUUUUGCAUUCUCUCUAUGCGUGCUCCUCCUCCUCCUCAACUCUCUCUUCCUUUUGCAUUCUCUCCGUUCGUGCUCCUCCUCCUCCUCAACUCUCUCUUCCUUUUGCAUUCUCUCCGUUCGUGCUCCUCCCUCCUCCUCAACUAUCUCUUCCUUUUGCAUUCUCUCCGUUCGUGCUCCUCCUCCUCCUCCUCAACUCUCUCUUCCUUUUGCAUUCUCUCCGUUCCUGCUCCUCCUCCUCCUCAACUCUCUCUUCCUUUUGCAUUCUCUCCGUUCGUGCUCCUCCUCCUCCUCAACUCUCUCUUCCUUUUGCAUUCUCUCCGUUCGUGCUCCUCCCUCCUCCUCCUCAACUCUCUCUUCCUUUUGCAUUCUCUCCAUUCGUGCUCCUCCUCCUCAACUCUCUCUUCCUUUUGCAUUCUCUCCGUUCGUGCUCCUCCCUCCUCCUCCUCAACUCUCUCUUCCUUUUGCAUUCUCUCCGUUCGUGCUCCUCCCUCCUCCUCCUCAACUCUCUCUUCCUUUUGCAUUCUCUCCGUUCGUGCUCCUCCUCCUCCUCAACUCUCUCUUCCUUUUGCAUUCUCUCCGUUCGUGCUCCUCCCUCCUCCUCCUCAACUCUCUCUUCCUUAUGCAUUCUCUCCAUUCGUGCUCCUCCUCCUCAACUCUCUCUUCCUUUUGCAUUCUCUCCGUUCGUGCUCCUCCCUCCUCCUCCUCAACUCUCUCUUCCUUUUGCAUUCUCUCCGUUCGUGCUCCUCCCUCCUCCUCCUCAACUCUCUCUUCCUUUUGCAUUCUCUCCGUUCGUGCUCCUCCUCCUCCUCAACUCUCUCUUCCUUUUGCAUUCUCUCCGUUCGUGCUCCUCCCUCCUCCUCCUCAACUCUCUCUUCCUUUUGCAUUCUCUCCAUUCGUGCUCCUCCUCCUCAACUCUCUCUUCCUUUUGCAUUCUCUCCGUUCGUGCUCCUCCCUCCUCCUCCUCAACUCUCUCUUCCUUUUGCAUUCUCUCCGUUCGUGCUCCUCCCUCCUCCUCCUCAACUCUCUCUUCCUUUUGCAUUCUCUCCGUUCGUGCUCCUCCUCCUCCUCAACUCUCUCUUCCUUUUGCAUUCUCUCCGUUCGUGCUCCUCCUCCUCCUCAACUCUCUCUUCCUUUUGCAUUCUCUCCAUUUGUGCUCCUCCUCCUCCUCAACUCUCUCUCUCUCCCUCACCCCCUUCAUCAAAUUCGCUCCCCACACCAACAGACUCCCCGUCACCCGCAAUAGCGGAGCAGUGUGUGUGGGCGGUGGGCAACAUAGCAGCGGAGGCAGACGACCUGCGAGCACAGCUGCUGGAUCAGGGCGCCCUGCCCGCCCUCACUCGCCUCCUGCUCGCUGCUGCCUCUGGGGGCAACACGGGGGCCCGCUGGUUAACGGCACAGGCGCCCUCUGCCAUGGCAUCACUGGCCAAGACAGUGGCAUGGGCGCUUUCCUCUCUUAUUAAGCUGCUGGAUCAAGGCGCCCUGCCCGCCCUCACCUGCCUCCUGCCCGCCCUCACCUGCCUCCUGCCCGCCCUCACCUGCCUCCUGCCCGCCCUCACCUGCCUCCUGCCCGCCCUCACCUGCCUCCUGCCCGCCCUCACCUGCCUCCUGCCCGCCCUCACCUGCCUCCUGCCCGCCCUCACCUGCCUCCUGCCCGCCCUCACCUGCCUCCUGCUCGCUGCUGCCUCUGGGAGCAACACAGAGGCCCGCUGGUCGACAGCACAGGCGCCCUCUGCCAUGGCAUCGCUGAGCAAGACAGUGGCAUGGGCGCUCUCCUCCCUCAUCAAGGUGGGCGGGCGUAUCUGUACCUCUCUCACAGCUGGGGGCAGCAGUGGGGGGCGCUGGUUGACAGCACAGGCGCCCUCUGCUAUGGCAUCACUGGCCAAGACGGUGGCAUGGGAUGGGCUCUCUCUUUGCUUAUUAUGCCCCCGUGCAGCCGUUGAUCUGGUGAAAUCGGACGGUGUUGAUGCAGCGAUUGUGACCCUUCUGUCCUCAGGGGUGUGGGAGCAUGGAGGGUGUGAGAGUGUGGAGGGUGUGAGAGUGUGGAGGGUGUGGGAGUGUGGAGGGUGUGGGAGUGUGGAGGGUGUGGGAGUGUGGAGGGUGUGGGAGUGUGGAGGGUGUGGGAGUGUGGAGGGUGUGGGAGUGUGGAGGGUGUGGGAGUGUGGAGGGUGUGGGAGUGUGGAGGGUAUGGGAGUGUGGAGGGUGUGGGAGUGUGGAGGGUGUGGGAGUGUGGAGGGUGUGGGAGUGUGGAGGGUGUGGGAGUGUGGAGGGUGUGGGAGUGUGGAGGGUGUGGGAGUGUGGUGGGUGCACCCCUGUCCCCUUGUGCCCCUGUGCCCCGUUCCCCGUUGCUCCAUCGUUCCAUUUCUCUCCUAUCUCAAAACACGCCUUGAGUGUUCUUUUCCCCUGCCUCCAUCCUCCCUCAUAUCGAUAUUCACCUCUUCUAUUCCGCAUGCAUCCUUCAUUUUCCUUACAUCUGAGCCUUUUGAUGCAUCUCAAAAGUUCACCUCUUCUUUUCCGCAUUCAUCCUUCAUUCUCCUUACAUCCGAGCCUUCUCUGCAAGAGGCGGUGGCGGUGGAGGGAGCGUGGGUGGCGGGCGGCAUGUGUGACAGCGCCGCUCUCCUUAUGGCUUUCCCCAAUCUAACAGCAUUGUUUCCUUUUUCAUCCCCCUGCAACGCAGAGGCAGCAGUGGAGGCGGCAUGGGUGGCGGCGUACGUGACAGCACUAAAUGCAGAGGCAGCAGUGGAGGCGGCAUGGGUGGCGGCGUACGUGACAGCGCUGUCAGACGCAAGCACAGAGAGGCUCGUGGCUGCUGGGCUCAUAGAGGCCCUCGUGCCCCUGCUCUCCUCCACCACUGACGUCGCUCUCCUCACUCCUGUACGUUCCCUCGCUCCCUUCCCGGCCAUAAGGCACGCUUUCCUCAUCUGCUCGCUGCUGCCGGGCUCAUAA